AUGAGUUACAGCAAGAAAGAUGAAGAUGGCGAUACUGCCCUCAUGAAGGUGGACAGAACCUCCGUUUUCCAAGAGGCACGAUUGUUCAAUUCCUCACCUAUCCAGCCUCGGAAAUGCCGUGUCCUUCUCACCAAGAUCGCACUCCUCCUCUACACUGGGGAGCGUUUCCCUACGAAUGAGGCCACGACCCUCUUCUUCGGAAUCUCCAAAUUAUUUCAGAACAAAGAUGCCAGCUUGCGGCAAGUGGUCCACCUAAUCAUCAAAGAAUUGGCGAGUUCUGCGGAAGACAUUAUUAUGGUUACAAGCACGAUCAUGAAGGAUACUGGUGGGGGGACCGAUGCAAUUUACAGACCAAACGCAAUUCGAGCACUCUGCCGCAUUAUUGAUGCAUCGACCGUCCAAAGUAUUGAGCGCGUCAUGAAGACCGCCAUUGUCGACAAGAACCCCUCCGUCUCCUCGGCUGCCCUCGUGUCCUCAUACCACCUUCUCCCCAUAGCUCGCGAUGUUGUACGAAGAUGGCAGAGCGAGACACAGGAAGCUGCAUCAUCCACCAAGUCAUCGGGAGGAUUUUCCCUCGGGUUUUCGACCUCAUCGAGUCAGAUGCCGGUCAACAAUUCUACCAUGACACAGUACCACGCAAUUGGGCUUUUGUACCAGAUGAGAAUGCAUGACAAGAUGGCUUUGGUGAAGAUGGUUCAGCAAUUUGGAACUCCAGGCGCAGUAAAGAGCCCUGCAGCGACUGUAAUGCUUGUGCGAUUGGCUGCGCAGCUGGCAGAGGAGGACCCAAAUAUGCGUAAACCAAUGAUGCAGCUCUUGGACGGCUGGCUCCGACACAAGAGUGAGAUGGUCAACUUCGAAGCCGCCAAAGCAAUCUGCGACAUGCGGGAUGUGACAGAUGCGGAGGUCGCUCAAGCCAUCCACGUUCUGCAACUUUUCCUCACGUCCCCGCGAGCUGUUACCAAAUUCGCCGCUAUUAGAAUUCUCGAAAAGUUUGCCUCCUUCAAGCCUCAAGCUGUGCAUUCUUGCAACCCAGAUAUCGAGCUUCUCAUCUCAAAUUCCAACCGCUCGAUUGCUACAUUCGCCCUCACGACCCUUCUCAAGACAGGAAACGAGGCUAAUGUGGACCGUUUGGUGAAGCAAGUCUCUGGUUUCAUGGCCGAUAUCUCUGAUGAUUUCAAGAUAACGAUUGUGGAAGGUCUCCGGGGUCUUUGUCUAAAAUUCCCCAGCAAGCAAGCUGGUAUGCUCGUGUUCCUGAGUGGCAUACUCCGGGACGAGGGAGGAUACGAAUUCAAGCGUGCUGUAGUGGAGAGCAUGUUCGAUCUCAUCAAGUUCGUUCCGGAUUCCAAGGAGGAUGCCCUCGCCCAUCUGUGUGAAUUCAUCGAGGAUUGUGAAUUCACAAAGUUGGCUGUCCGUAUUCUCCAUCUCCUUGGCUUGGAAGGACCGAAGACUUCACAGCCAACCAAGUACGUCCGAUACAUCUACAACCGAGUUGUCUUGGAAAAUGCUAUUGUAAGAGCAGCUGCGGUUACUGCCUUGGCAAAGUUCGGUGUUGGACAGAAGGACCCUGAGGUCAAGCGAAGUGUCACAGUUCUGCUCACGAGGUGCCUGGACGACGUUGACGAUGAAGUCCGAGACCGCGCUGCGCUGAACUUGAGACUCAUGACUGAGCCUGAUGAGAUGGCUGAUCGAUUUGUGAAGAACGAAAACACUUUUGCUCUCCAAUAUUUCGAGCAUCAGCUUGUAAUGUACGUCACGGCAGAUGACAAGUCAACCUUUGAUAAUCCGUUUGACAUCUCUUCCGUCCCAGUGGUCACCAAAGAGCAAGCAGAUGCCGAGGAUAGGACCAAGAAACUUACAACCAUCACUCCAACGAUCAAGGCACCAAAGGCUGGCCCUACCAAGUCUACACCCACGGGUGCCGAGGCCGCCGCUACGGCUUCUGCGGUUUCUCAAAAAUACCAACAAGCGCUCCUUCAAAUCCCAGAGAUGAAAUCGUAUGGAAGUCUGCUGAAGUCUUCGCCUGUUGUGGAGCUGACCGAGUCCGAGACGGAGUAUGUUGUUAGCGUGGUCAAGCAUAUCUUCAAGGAGCACAUCGUUCUCCAGUACGAGGUCAAGAACACUCUCCCAGACACUGUACUUGAAGAUGUGUCCGUUGUUGCCACACCAACGGAAGAAGAAGAGCUAGAGGAGGACUUUAUCAUCCCCGCCGCCAAGCUUGUCACUGAUGAGCCAGGUACCAUCUAUGUAUCCUUCAAGAAGGUCAACGGAGAGGACACCUUCACGGCCAGUAGCUUUACCAACAUUUUGAAGUUUACUACCAAGGAGAUUGACCCUACUACCGGUGAGCCGGAGGAGAGUGGAUACGAUGACGAGUACCAAGUUGAGGAUCUCGAGCUUACUGGAAGCGAUUACGUUGUCCCUGCAUUUGCUGGUAACUUCAACCACAUCUGGGAGCAAGUCGGUGCCACGGGUGAAGAGGCCGAGGAGACUCUGCAACUCAGCGGUGUCAAGAGCAUCGUAGACGCCACCGAACAACUCGCCAAGACCCUCUCAUUACAACCUCUCGAGGGUACCGACGUACCCAUCAAUACCACUACGCACACCCUAAAGCUUUUCGGUAAAACAGUCAUGGGCGGCAGAGUUGUCGCCAACAUCCGGAUGGCAUACUCUACAAAGUCAGGCGUUACAAGUAAGAUCGUCGUUCGCAGUGAAGAGGGAGGAGUGGCAGCUCUUGUUAUUGGGUCGGUUGCUUAA